AUGACGACGUCCAUCGCCGUGCGACACACCCCACACGCGUCGCCGCCACUCGCUCAACGGCGUGCCGUAUCCCGGCCGACGCGUGUCGUCGCUCUCUUUUCUAGGCGAGAACUAGCCAUCCGAUGCCGCCACCAAUCGCAGCAAAGCGUUUCAUUGCGACGACCGGGUCCCGCGUCUAGGCGGUCCGUGCGGGCAGCGGCGGCGGCGGCGGAGGGGAAGGAUGGGGAGGCGCAGCUGUCGGCGGAGGAGGCGGAGGAGGCGCAGGACCUGAGGGACAUUCAGGACAUCGUCGAGACCAUCGAGUUGCUCAAGGAGCGUCGCGACAUGACGGUGCAGGAGAUCCGGCUGGUGCUGAUGAUCGAGGACCCGCGCGAGGCGGAGCGGCGGCGGCAGAUGGGCAUCGAGAACGAGAGCGGGUGCUCGCGCGACGAGAUUGCUGAUGCCUUCCGCGAGGUGUGUGAGGACCGCGUACCCGCAGACCGCAUGGUGCUGCGCAAGCUGGCACAGGACAUGCGCGACUGGCCGCGCCUACGGGAGGAGCCAGGCGUGGAGGAGGAGGCAGAGGGACCCGGAGGGCAGCGCAAGUCGCGCCCUGCCAUCAUGUGCGGGAAGCCAAGCUCAUGA